CCCUGUGUCUCAUCUCGCAAGGGGAAGAGCGACAAGGACAAACCAUAGCCUCAAUACAUCAAAGGCUGGCCAGCUCUACAGCCCAUACAUAAAUCACCAAGUUCAUGGGCACUCCUAGGUGGCUCCGCGACACGGUCAACGUCCUUGGCAGCUCCCAUUCCCUACGAUACUCCGGAGCACCACCUCAGCUCUCCUCAACUGACCUUCAGCCAACCCAGGACCCUGCUGGGCAGACUCAGGAAAGGCUGUGAGAUCCGCACCAAAGGAAGGCCUGAGCAGCCCCUCCAGGCUCUAAUAUAAAUGCAGUGCCUCCAGGCAUUUCUCUGGGAAGAGUUCGGCGAUCUCCUCUAAUCCCCGUGUGUUUCCACAGAAGCUGGGAGGGCACCACCGAGACACAGGGCAAUAAAAGGCCAAAUACCAGGAGGUCCUGGGAGGGGGAAGGAGAGGAGGGCGAGGGCUGCUGCCAGACACCCCUAAAUCCAGUCCCCGGAGAGCCUUGCAGCAGAGGCCGGGGGCUCGAGGCCACGUGCACUUGCUCCGGGGACCUUUCCAAGACGCCGGGCCGGGUCGGUACCGGCACGCAGCAUAGCGGCCGGGUGCACGGGAGCGGAACGCCACAAGUUGUCGCCCGCGUCCCCUCCCGGCUCUGGCGGGGCACCCCCGCGCCACUCCACGCCCACGCCCGGGCCCCACUCCGGCCCCGCCGCGGCCCGGGGAACCCGCAGGACGAAGGCCCCUGUGCCCGGCCCCCGCGACCCUCCCCGCAGCCCUCCGGCCCCACCCAGUCCGGUUCCAGGCCGACCCAAACCACCGUGUCCCCGCUUUGCAGACCGUUAGCAUCCCAACCAUACCUGCGGGUCUGACCACCAACCACUCCACGGACCCGGAGCCGUGGCGGAAGCUCCGCGCGGGGCGCAGGAACCGACCCCCCCCCCUCCAAAAACACCCCACAAAACCCCGCGCAGCGGCCGCGCCUCAGCGUCCAGGUGAGGGGCUGAGCGCCGCAGCCCGCCCUCCUACCUUCCUCAGCGCGGGCCCUGACGACUCGAAGCUGACCCGUCUGCUGGCGAAGUACUGAAGCAAAUGCAUGACCAGACUGAAGGAUGGCUGACUUUCUGUAUCAGUUGCUAUACUCUGAUGUCUUCUAGAAGAGAGGAGAGUGAGACAGGAGGCCACUGGAGUAUCUCCAACAGUGAAUUCCCAGUUUGGAAUGUACCUCUCCUUCACAUAAUCCUGGCAUUCUCAACAUGGGGAAGGAAGCUGACUCCAUCCCAGGCACCAGAGAACACCAUGGCCUCGCUGUGGGGAUCAAGCAAGUCUGCAUGUCAGGGGAUGCACCCCCUCCCUUGCCGGGGAACACCAGCGUAUAUUGGACCCAUCCUAGCCCAUCCAGGAUCCAUUGGUUCAUCUCCUGCUGCAGCAUUCAUAGUUCUAGAGCCUGUACCUUGGAUGCAAAAUUAAUGUGCCGGGAAGAGCAGUAUUGCAAACAAGCCACAUCCCUGCCAGUGCCCAAACAACCCCUGAGCUCAGAAGAGAAGCUGUCUUGGAUAAGGUUGCAGUCUCAGCCAACACCUUGACUGUGGCCGUAUGAGACCCUGAGAAGGAGACCCGCUUCGGCUGUGCCUGGACUCCUGACCCACUUGACAAUUCUGUGCAUUACUCAGUGCUCAUCACAAGAAGUAUAUGUUGUGUUAAGUGUGAAGUGUGUAUCUGAACUCACGGAGUGUUGAAGAGAGUGUCCAGAGGAACCAAGCAACUCCUGGGACCUUUCUCCCAGGAAGAGAAAAAGAGGGAGGAGGAAGAGGCAGAGAAAGGAGCAAGAGGAGCAACAGAAGGAAGAGAGUACGCAAGAGGACGUGAUCUCUUUGGACUUCAUAUUACUGGUCUGUUAAAGGAAGGGAGGGGACCUUGCAAAGGCAUGAACACCAAGAGGCGGGGUUACGGGGCCACCUUCGAGUCUGUCACAAUCAGCUCAAAUCCAGAAGAGAACCACAGAGGAGCUGGGAUCUGCUCUGUGCUUGGCAGGAAGCGCCAGAAGCCGCUCUCACAGGUCCUCGUACAAGAUUCCUAUGUUGGCCUGUUUCUGUUUUUUCAUUUGCUCAGAGGGAGUGGAACAUUGGCCGACUGUAGGAACCGGGCAGCUAUCUGUGAGUCCUGAAAGAGAGAAACAGGGGUAACAAAAUCAAGCCUUCAACAAGCAAAGCCGAUUUCAACCACUGAAGGAGAGAGAGACAGAGUGUGAGCAGGGGAGGGGCAGAGAAAGAAGGAGACGUGAAUCUGAAGCAGACUCUGGGCUCGAGCUGGCAGCACAGAGCCUAAUGCGGGGCUCCAACUCAUGAGCUGCAAGAUCAUGACCUGAGCUGAAGUGAGACACUUAACCGACUGAGCCACCCACGCACCCCUCCAGCUGCUAAUUCUAAGUCACAGGAGACUACAGCAAACGCGUGUAUCAAGGCGUGAGAGUGAAGCACACGGUCAAAGACUUACUGGCGGAAAAACGAUCCAGGCAGACAAGUAACUCAAGAUUUAAUAGCGGAGUCAGCAACUCCCCGUCUCCGUUUGCCCAGAUGCCAGGUUCACCGGUAACGUCAAGUUACUAUGGUGUCAGAAGAUCUUUCCUCUCUGACUCGGAUUUCCACAACACGAAACAGUUUGCAAAUGACGUCUGCACCUCACCGGCGAAGCCCUUUCCCUGUGAGUCCCCCGCAGGGCAGAGCCACCCGGCCCUCCUGGAUUCCUACUUCCCGGAACCCUACGCAGACCACCGGCCCCCGCCGGGCCUGACCCCCAGCGCCAGCUCUCUGUUCAGCGCCUCGCCCCUGCCGCCGCUCCUGCCUCCACCCUUCCCUGGGGACCCCACGCACUUCGUGCUUAGGGACUCAUGGGAGCAAACGGUGCCCGAUGGUCUCAGCCAGGCAGACCCCGUGCCCGCCGAUACCCCGCAGACCUUGCCGCCCAGCACAGGAUGUCUCUCCCUGCUGGAGUCUGGGACCAGCACUCAGCACAGGAGCUCCAGCUGGGGGGCCCCCCUAGCUGGGGCUCAGUCCUACUCCCUGCAUGCACUAGAGGAUCUGUAUCAUGUGCCAGGGUACCCCACCCCACCCCCGUAUCCCUUCACCCCUUUCAUGACCAUGUCCAAUGAUCUACCGCACAAGGCGGUGCCCCUCGCCCCAGAGGAGGGGGUAGACACCCCUUCCCUCCAGGACCCUUCUUCGUGGACCAAAGAAGACGGGAGCAUGGCGUGGGGGUCAUAUGAGUGCCGUAGAGCUUACUGAAGGGAGCACUGAAGGACUUCUGCUGGGCUUUUCUCUCUGGGGUUCUGUAUUUCACGGACCAUUUGCAGUGUGGUAGCUUAUUCAUUCAGAACCAGAUUCUCAGAACAGGCCAUCAGGCUGCCCUUUGUUAACAGACCACGGGAUUCAUCUGUAAUCCUCCCUACCACAGCCCCAUGAAAUACAACGUACGUUAAUUCGGGACAUCAGACCGUAUUCUAGUGAGACACCUGAGAGCGAUGCCUUUUUGGAACUUUAGUAACACCUUACAUUCUGAAUUUCUGUUAUCUUUGAACUAUCAUGUUUAGCGCUCGUAGUUUUCUUAAAUUACAUUAAAAAGUUUAUGCAGAUGGUGAAAUACA